AUGAGUAUCACCUCUUCGAAAGGAUUAUUAUCGUCGACGACGGCGACGACUCCGACAAUGUCGGAGCGCGACCUAGAGUCCGGCAUCACUUCCGACGCUGCCGCGGCCGGGAAGGGAUUCGACGAGGAGGAGGAGGAGGAGGAGGAGAAGAAGAAGGUGGUGGAUGAGGAGGAAGACGGUGUCGAGGAUGAAUCUGAUCCUUUUGAUAUCGCUCAGACCAAGAAUGCUUCUCACAACACUCUCAGAAGAUGGAGGCAAGCAGCACUGGUUUUGAAUGCUUCUCGCCGGUUUCGGUACACUUUGGACUUGAAGAAGGAAGAGGAGAAAGAACAAAGAAGGCGGACGAUUAGAGCUCAUGCACAAGUUAUAAGAGCAGCGUUGCUUUUCAAGUUGGCUGGAGAAAGACAAAUAGUGUCAGGUUCCUCAGUUGCACCUCCAACCCCUAUUGGUGAUUUCGAUAUUGCGGUUGAACAGCUAUCAACAAUGAACAGGGAUCAUAAUGUUGAAGCUCUACAUCAAUAUGGGGGAGUAAGAGGUUUAGAACGUAUGUUGAAAACAAACUUGGAGACGGGAGUUAGUCCAGAUGAGGCUGACAUAUCGAAUCGGAAGAAUGUUUUUGGAGCAAAUACGUACCCUCGGAGAAAAGGAAGAAGCUUCUUGAGAUUCCUAUGGGAAGCUUGGCAAGAUCUAACUCUUAUCAUCUUGAUGGUAGCUGCCAUAUUGUCUUUGGCAUUGGGAAUAAAGACAGAGGGUAUCAAAGAAGGAUGGUAUGAUGGUGCGAGCAUAUAUAUUGCGGUUAUCCUCGUUAUAGUUGUUACAGCUGUUAGCGAUUACCGCCAGUCUCUUCAGUUCCAAAAUUUGAACGAUGAAAAGAGAAAUAUACAGUUAGAGGUCAUGAGGGGUGGGAGAGCAGUUAAAACUUCAAUUUUUGAUAUAGUUGUUGGCGAUAUUGUACCUCUUCGAAUAGGUGAUCAGGUGCCAGCUGAUGGAGUCUUAAUCAGCGGCCAUUCUCUUGCCUUGGACGAAUCUAGCAUGACUGGUGAAAGCAAAAUCGUUCACAAGGACCAAAAGGCACCCUUCUUGAUGUCUGGUUGUAAAGUUGCUGAUGGAGUUGGUACCAUGCUGGUCACUGGAGUUGGAAUCAAUACGGAGUGGGGACUUCUGAUGGCAAGUAUCUCAGAGGAUACGGGUGAAGAGACUCCAUUGCAGGUGCGAUUGAAUGGAGUUGCAACUUUUAUAGGAAUUGUUGGUCUUGCAGUAGCUGUCUUAGUGCUUGUUGUUCUUCUGGCUCGAUACUUCACUGGACAUACAAAAUAUGCGGAUGGAUCAGUCCAGUUUGUUGCAGGCCACACCAAAUUCAGUACAGCUUUAGAUGGAGUGGUCAAAAUUAUCACCAUAGCAGUCACUAUUGUAGUGGUUGCUGUACCUGAGGGACUUCCCUUGGCUGUUACCUUGACCCUGGCAUAUUCUAUGCGAAAGAUGAUGGCAGAUAAAGCCUUGGUUCGUAGGCUCUCGGCAUGUGAAACUAUGGGUUCAGCAACAACAAUCUGCAGUGACAAAACUGGAACGUUGACCUUGAAUGAGAUGACCGUGGUUGAUGCUUGUGUUGGGAAAGGUAGAACAAGUGUCCCUUCAGAAUUACAUUCAGAAGCUAGGUCAUUGUUGUGCGAGGGCGUUGCUCACAAUACCACAGGCAAUGUUUUUGUUCCUAAGACUGGUGAGGAUGUAGAAGUUACUGGAUCACCCACUGAAAAGGCUAUCCUUUCAUGGGCAGUCAAGUUAGGAAUGAAGUUUGAUGCAAUCAGAUCGGAGUCUAAGGUUCUCCAUGUUUUCCCUUUUAACUCUGAGAAAAAGCGAGGUGGUGUAGCCGUGAAGACGACUGAUAACAGCGUCCACAUACAUUGGAAGGGAGCAGCUGAAAUAGUUCUUGCUUCAUGCAGUGGAUAUCUAGACUUAAAUGGUUGCGUACAGUCCAUUGAUAAUGAUAAGGAAUAUUUCAGGUCGGCCAUUGAUGACAUGGCAGCACACAGCUUGCGUUGUGUUGCCAUUGCUUACAGGUCAUAUGAAUUGGAAAAAGUUCCCACUGAUGAUGAGGCCUUGGCAAAAUGGGUUCUUCCUGAAGACAGCCUAGUUUUGCUUGCAAUUGUUGGCAUCAAGGAUCCUUGCCGUCCAGGUGUUAAAGAUGCAGUCAGAAUAUGUACUAGUGCUGGUGUAAAGGUUCGGAUGGUCACAGGGGACAAUAUUCAAACAGCUAGAGCAAUAGCUUUAGAGUGUGGCAUUUUAGGCUCCACCGCUGAGGCUAGCGAGCCAAAUGUCAUAGAAGGCAAGGUGUUUCGUGCAUACUCGGAGAAAGAAAGAGAGCAGAUUGCUCACAAAAUAACGGUGAUGGGAAGAUCAUCUCCUAAUGACAAGCUUUUACUUGUUCAAGCCUUGCGCAAGAGAGGCGAAGUUGUGGCUGUGACUGGUGAUGGCACGAACGAUGCUCCUGCACUCCACGAGGCAGAUAUAGGCUUGUCAAUGGGCAUUCAAGGGACAGAAGUAGCGAAAGAAAGCUCAGACAUCAUAAUACUCGAUGACAAUUUUGCUUCAGUUGUAAAGGUUGUACGUUGGGGCCGUUCUGUCUAUGCGAAUAUCCAGAAGUUCAUCCAAUUCCAACUCACUGUUAAUGUCGCAGCUUUAGUGAUUAAUGUUGUGGCUGCCAUCUCUUCUGGUGAUGUACCCUUAAAUGCAGUGCAGCUUUUAUGGGUUAAUCUUAUAAUGGAUACACUUGGAGCACUGGCAUUGGCAACCGAACCACCAACGGACCAUCUUAUGCACAGAACACCUGUUGGACGAAGGGAACCCCUGAUUACAAACAUCAUGUGGAGGAACUUACUGAUACAGGCGUCGUACCAAGUUGUGGUGCUUCUUGUGCUCAACUUCUCUGGGAUCUCCAUUCUCGGGCUGGAACAUGAUACCGAGGAACAUGCUACAGUUGUGAAGAAUACCAUGAUUUUCAAUGCUUUCGUGCUGUGCCAGAUAUUCAAUGAAUUCAACGCACGAAAACCUGAUGAAAUCAAUGUCUUUGAUGGGGUAACCAAGAACAAAUUGUUUAUGGGCAUAGUUGGAUUUACUUUCGUUCUCCAGAUAAUCCUGAUCGAGGUCUCUGGGAAGUUCACAAAGACAGUGAGGCUAAGUUGGAAGCUAUGGCUCGUGUCAAUGGCCAUUGGCUUCGUCAGUUGGCCUCUUGCUGCAGUUGGAAAGCUAAUCCCUGUUCCUGAAACUCCAGCCUCUGAAUACUUCGUUAAGCCGUUGAGAAAGUUGAGAAAUCGCGGCCCCAGCAGCAGCAGUAGUCAGGAUCAGUAA